GUAUCCUCCUUCCACACCCCUGCCCAUGGUCCCAGGAAGCAUUUAAGCUCAGCCCAGGGCUGUAAAUCCUAGAUUCUCUCUUGUGAGGGUGUUAGUUUUUGGCUCUGGUAGAGUUAUGAGUGUUUCUGUUUUAUGGCUCCUGCUUGUAUAUUUGAGGCUGUAAUCUAUAGCAGGCUGGCAUGAGUACUGCUCUCCUGUAAGGGCUGAUGGAGCUAACUGAGGGGAGCAGGGGGGUUUGGAAUGUGGCAACGGUUGUUUUUUCCUCCCUUGAUGCUAUAAAGGGAUGGUCAAUAUAUCACUGUCAUAAGUUGUUUCUGAUGUAGAGAAGUGUUGUAGCCCUGUGGAGAACAUUUUGUCUGCUCAGCUCAAGGGCAGAGUACUUCAGAUGCAUCUUUUCCCAGGUCUGCUUUAGCAUGGAAACCCUGAGAAUGUAUUCACAUCUUCAGUAUGUACACUAGCAAGUGGAAAAUUUUGAUUUGAAUUAAGUUGCAAGUGUGUCAUUGUUAGAAGACUGUCACACAAUGUUAGAUCAGUGAUCCUCCUGGCUCUGGAAGUAACUCCAAGCUUCAAAAGACAGAAUAAGAAGGUGUAAAGGAGAUAGGUGUGAAGGUGUGUGUCAGCCCAAUAGCUAUGGGAAUCUUCCCAAGAUCAUCCAGUGUUGUAGCAGACCAUGUUGUGACCAUAUUGACCCUGAAUCUGAUAAUCUCUGGGACUUUGUCAUACUACAGCAUUGUUAAUAUCUCAAGAGGAAAGCAGCAGGAUGUGGCUGCAUUGGGUGCAUCAUUAUUCUCCUUGGUCGUCAUCCAAAACAUCUCACCUCCCACUUGGAACUACAUCUGGUUCAUCAACUGCCUAAACAAAAAGCUACCGAUGGAUGUGCACAGAAGUAGCUUUAUGGCAAUUACUCAAUUAUAGCUGAUGACUGUUUUGUGUGAGUAUCAGCACACCUGAGUGCUUCUGGUUUUUCAUUGGAGCAGGAUAUACAGACUAGGCAGUGAAAGGGAAAGCCUGGCUCUGCAGGCAGUGCUGGUGGGUGGACCCAGGUACAGGGAUGCAGCACGGGACUCCAAGGAAGUGCCUUUUCCCACCCACAGCUGCUGUAACCCAGGUGAGUGGGCCAAGGUGCUGCAAGAAUGUGGCUCAUGUAGGGAGCCUUCCUAAAGGCCUAGAUAUUAAACAGGACAAUUAAAGGCUUUCAAAGAUGGAGUAGGCUCUGCUUUCAUAAUAUUUUUCUUUUCAGCUUUCACAAGACUUGGCACAACCUAGUGUGCUACAAAGCACCCUUUUUUCCCUUUACUCAGAAUACCUUGAAUUAAUUCUUGGCAAAACUAUCUAACUCUGUGUGUAGAUAGAAACAAACUCCAGCCAAACUGGGUCCUCCUGCAAGGCCACUCACCUGGCUCUCUCUGCUCCAGGACUUUGUGAGUACACAGAUUUCCCCUGUGCUCCUGUGGCAGAGGGUUGGAUGUGUGAUACAGCAAAGGCACCAGUGUCAGGACCCAUGCACGCAGUUGGGAAAUGCCGAUGUCUAGAACUGACACAGAGAAAUUAUUUUGUAGACCCUAAAGGCAACUGGAAAUGCCCAGCAAGAGGGUGCAGCUCAGAUCAGCAUCUGUACAGUCAGACCUCACAGCCUGAACGUGCACAGUGAGCUCUACACUGGCAUCUCAGUAGCUCCUCUCAAGAGAGGAACCAUCUGGAAAUAGCUGGAGGUUUGGUGAGGUGACCUGAACUGCCACAUCUUCGAGAAGCAUGGAAAUCCCCAAUCUGCCUGUGAGUCACAAAUGCUUUCUGCUACACCUUUGUCCCUGACCACACCUGCUGCCAUCAAGGGUUGUGUGCUAGAUGAAAAUCAAUCAACAUGUACGUGUCAAAGUGCUGGAUCCAUACAGCAACCUGCACAGGCUGGAGACCAAAGCACCUGCUUGGUGUGCGAGAGGAAUCUUUCCAGGACAUGGAAACACAAGCAAUUUCUUGCAGGCAAGAUGACAUUUACUGGCUUAUUUUUCUUCUGUAUGCUGAUGAACAAGCUAACAGAUGCCCGAUCCCUCCAGGACAGAGAUGAUCCCUACCAGGAAGCUGCAGCCUUGCCAUACUGGCCCUUCUCAUCCAGUGAUUUCUGGUCCUAUGUGGAAUAUUUCCGGACCUUGGGAGCCUACAACAGGAUCAAUGACAUGGCCAGAGCCUUCUUUGCCCAGUUCCCGUUUGGGACCCACCUUGGCUACCACGUGCGUGACCACGAGCAGUGAGUGCCACGCUCAGCUUUGCCAGAGCUGCUGCCCAGGGGUUUGGGUGAGCACCUGUCUGCCAGUGAACACACCUGGGCUGCCUUCAGCUGCUUUGUGAUGCCACGGUCAUGUGCAGCAUUUUAUGGCUUCAAUGAGUCUCUUUUUUUACCAUUUCUUGUAAAGGUGUAUGAGUGAACAACUGACUGCCAGCAAGCACAUCUGCACUGCGCCUCAGCUCCUAUGUGACACUGCAGCCACAUGCAGUAUUCCAGGCUUUAAAUUAAUCCCUUUUGUACAAUUUAUGCUUCUGUAUGACACAAUAAACUCCUCUGUUCUGCUGCA